AUGUCUUUAUAUCCCUUAUCUCCUUAUAUCCUUAUAUCUUUAUAUCCCUUAUCUCCUUAUAUCUUUAUAUCCCUUAUCUCCUUAUAUUCUUAUAUCUUUAUAUCCCUUCUUUCCUUAUCUCCUUAUAUCUUUAUAUCUCUUAUCUCCUUAUAUCCUUAUAUCUUUAUAUCCCUUAUAUCCUUAUUUCCUUAUAUCUCUUAUCUCCUUAUAUCCUUAUAUCUCUUAUCUCCUUAUAUCCUUAUAUCUUUAUAUCCCUUAUCUCCUUAUCUCCUUAUAUCUCUUAUCUCCUUAUAUCUCUUAUCUCCUUAUAUCCUGAUAUCUUUAUAUCCCUUAUCUCCUUAUAUCUUUAUAUCUCUUAUCUCCUUAUCUCCUUAUAUCUUUAUAUCCCUUAUUUCCUUAUAUCCUUAUAUCUUUAUAUCUCUUAUCUCCUUAUAUCCUUAUAUCCCUUAUCUCUUUAUCUCCUUAUAUUUCUUAUCUCCUUAUAUUCUUAUAUCUCUUAUCUCCUUAUAUCCUUAUAUCUUUAUAUCCCUUAUCUCAUUAUAUCCUUAUAUCUUAAUAUCGCUUAUCUCCUUAUAUCCUCAUAUCUUUAUAUCACUUAUAUUUUUAUAUCCCUUAUCUCCUUUGACAAGAGAUAGUAAAUCUAUCUCAGUCUGUUCAUAUCUAUCUAUCUAUCUAUCUAUCUAUCUAUCUAUCUAUCUAUCUCAGUCUUUUGUAUCUAUCUAUCUAUCUAUCUAUCUCACAAGCAAGCAAGCUAGCUACUCCAGAUUUCUAUCUAUCUAUCUAUCUAUCUAUCUAUCUAUCUAUCUAUCUAUCUAUCUAUCUACAAACAGUGAGAAUGCUGGGUAUUUAGAGUUCGGUCAACAUGGUGUCUUUGUUGAUGUUUGUUGCAAUUGUGUUUCUCUUUUUAUUCGCAUUUUUCUUGGCCUGUCCUUUCUUUGA